UUUUUUUUUUUUUUUUCUAGAAUAUAUACUACUCUUAUAUACUAUAAAAAUUGUAAUAAAUAAAAACAAAUAAAUUUACAACAACAUAAUCAUAUUAAUUUUUCUAUUGUCAGUGAAUAGACAUAAUUAGUAUGUAUAAUUACUGAAGGAAGCAAAAACACACAAUGACCUCUCCCUCAACCUCCACCACUGCCAACACUUCUACUAGCCAAUAUCGUUCAUUUGGAGGACGAGAAUUGCAAUUAAACAUAAUCGACUACAAUCGUGAUUCAUUUGAGAUACAAAUUAUAAACAAAAACUACUCAUACGAGAGAAGUUUUCGUUUUAAGGCAAUUGUAACUCUAGCGCUAACCUAUUUAGCUUAUAUUGUAUCUUCUUCAAGCCGGCUACUAAUUGUUGAUGUUGCUUCAUUACUAACAUUGGCUUAUUUAAUUUAUACAACAAUUGAAUUGGUUAAAUCGGAGAAAAUUCUAUUUGUAGCUGAAUUUGCUCUACAAAUCACGACCGAAAAGUCGCGCAGGAGCAGUAUUUUCAUCCCUGCGACAAAUAUAAAAGAUGUCGUUAUCAACGAAGUUAUAGACGAUCUUGCAAUUAAGUAUGUUCUAAUAACAAGAACAAAAGGAAGUCUUUCGCAUAGUAAACCCAUCAUAGCAAUGUUUAAAUCUUUGCAACCACGAAUUGAAUGUUUGGAAAUAGUUUAUACUCAUUUCCUCAAAAAGUUGGAUCUCGAAAGAUGAAUUCUUUUUUAUUUAAAUAAAAUCGAGUACUUUAGAUAAA